GGGUAAAUCAAAAGUUUCAAGUCUGGUCAGAAAAUACUGGGUAGUGGUUACCUUUCCUACGCUUGUCACAGCUGCCAUUUAUGCGGAUUGGAAUCAUACUCAAAAGUGGAAGAAAGAAUUAGCCAAAGAAGCAAAAUUAUAGAACAAUUAAAAUGUCAGCAGCAUCAAAACGAUUACUUAUAAAAGCGUAUGCUCAAUAUUUAGCAGGUAUAGCAGUAGCUGGCACACUUGGAUUUUAUUACAAUCGUAUGGAGUCGGAAAGGUUGUCCUGUUAUCGGGAUAAAUCUGCUCUGUUCGGGAGAGAAUUGAAACCUGGAGAGGCUCCAUCUUGGCCGUAACUUAAGUUUAAUAUAUUAGUGCACCUGCAUACAAAAAUUUGUUAGUAUGUUGAUUAUACACAUGUAAUUUACAUUAAGAAAUAAACUGUUUCCAUUUAAUUACUUAAAUUAUGAAUUUAUUCUUAAGGUAAUAAGAAAAUACAAUUUUAUUUGUACAAAUACAUUGUAGUAAUUUCAAUACAAAUAUAUUUCUCAUGUGUAACUAUUA